AUGGCACACUCAACAUUCCCAGCAGACCUACCAAAACCAAUUGACGAUGGCGCGUGCAACCACUUGACAGGCAUGACCGUCCCCAGCAUCCGUCUCCCCCCAACAAGCGCACCAGACUCACCAGUUGACAUCUCCAAGCUCAACGGCCUGUCCAUAAUCUUCUGCUAUCCACGGACCGGCGCACCAGACGAAGUCGUACCCCCUGAAUGGGAUGCAAUUCCUGGUGCUCGUGGUUGCACGCCCCAAGCAUGCUCUUUUCGGGAGGCAUUACCCGAUCUCAAGAAGUACGGUGUUAAGAACCUUUUUGGCUUGUCAACGCAGGACACGCCGUAUCAGCAGGAAGUUCGUGAGCGUGUUCACCUACCUUAUGAUCUUCUUAGUGAUGCGAAGCUGGAAUUCUUGGAGGGAUUGAAAUUGCCGUCGUUUGAUUACAAGGAUAAGAAGCUGAUCAAGCGUCUGGCCGUCGCGAUAGAGGAUGGGAAGGUGAUUAAGUACUGGUAUCCUGUUUUUCCACCUGACAGUAAUGCGUCGGAAGUUUUGCAGUGGUUGAAAGAGAAGUCGUAG